UUCAACGCCGAGGAGAAAGUUCAGAACCAACUUCUAAAUCAUCUUCUUUACCAAGCUUUUACCUUUCGACCCCUAACCUGAGAAUGUCGUGCUGCGGAGGAAACUGUGGCUGCGGGUCUGGCUGCAAGUGCGGCGACGGCUGCGGAGGAUGCAAGAUGCAUGCGGACCUGAGCUACACCGAGAGCGCCGCCACCGAGACCCUCGUCAUGGGCGUCGCCCCCGAGAAAUCGUUCUUCGAGGGGUCGGAGAUGGAGGCCGGAGCCGAGAACGGAUGCAAGUGCGGCUCGAGCUGCACCUGCGACCCGUGCAACUGUAAAUGAAGCGAGUCGCGACCUUGAAUUCGACACCCGCCCGAGACCGAAAGAGAUGGGUCGGAAUCCUUUUAGUAUAUGGCAAUGUUCGUGUCUUCUGUAUGUCCUUCCGCCAUGUGGGUGUCUUUUUGCCCUUUUGUGGGUCAGAAUAAAGCCAGCCAUGGCUGGAUGUGGGCGACUGAUCCUGAACUCUCUCUCUCUCUGGUUCAGAGUCCUUCCAUGUGGUGGCCGGCUUGGUGUUUUCCGCUGUCUUUUUGUUUUUUUUCUCUUUCUGUCUUUGUAUGAAGGUCGUGUCCGAUCGGGGUGGCUGUCUCUGCUCUGGGUGGGGUUUGGAUUCAUGUUGGGCUCAGAUCAUGAAAUGAUAUGGCGAUUGAAAAGCUCUGUUCUUGCGGUCAAAAAGUUAGGCACUCUCUCUGUUUUUAA